AUGGCUUCCCGUGGGAAUGUCCCUGCUCAUCUCCAGUCGUCGCUCCCGGCUCUUCCUCCUCAUUUGCAGUCUGAUACUCACUUGACGGCUCACCUCGCGAGCCGUUUCCACGUCUCUUUGCCCACAGCAAAACUCUCAUCACAGGCUUUGAUAUGCCUCAACACGUAUACCUCGUCGACCCGGGGGCCCAAUGGCGAAAAAGAGGGCAGCGCCAUGGCUGAGGCCGAAGAUCUCGCGCGAAGAGCAUGGGCAAGAUUAGGAAACAGAGCAGAAGACCAGGCAGUUGUGUUUUUCGGCGAGUCUGGUUCAGGCAAAACUACUGUCCGGUCCCAUCUCCUUUCCUCCUUUCUCUCGUUUUCCUCCACACCGCUCUCGUCAAAGUUAUCCCUCGCCGCCUUUAUAUUUGAUACCCUGACCACCACCAAAACUACGACGACCCAGACGGCAUCGAAAGCGGGCCUGUUCUACGAACUUCAAUAUGACGCCUCCUCGUCCAUACCCACCCUGAUCGGAGGUAAAUUGCUGGAUCAUCGUCUGGAAAGGAGUCGUAUAUCUCACGUCCCCACGGGUGAACGGAGUUUUCAUGUUCUCUACUAUCUUCUCGCCGGCACCAGUCCUGCUGAAAAGUCUCACCUGGGUCUCAGUGGACACACCCAUGUCACCACUUCCGGCCCUGGUCUCGGGAGGUCUGCCUCGGUGGCCCAAAAGAGAUGGAGAUACUUGGGUCACCCGACGCAGAUGAAAGUUGGGAUCAACGAUACGGAGGGCUUUCAACAUUUCAAGACCGCACUGCGCAAGCUUGAGUUCCCCCGGGCAGAAAUUGCGGAAAUUUGUCAGGUCCUGGCCGCGAUCUUGCACAUUGGCCAGUUGGAAUUCGGCACAGGACAGGCCACAUUGACGGCGGCGGAAGAAAGUGGUGGAUAUUCUCAUGAGGGUGGUGAGACCGUCACGGUGGUCAAGAACACCGAUACCUUGGCUUUGGUUGCCGCUUUCUUGGGGUUAAGCGUUCAAGAUCUUGAAGAGAGUUUGAGAUACAAGACUAAGACUCUUCACCGCGAGCGGGUGACGGUCAUGCUCGACCCCAAGGGGGCUCGGGAGAACGCUGAUGAAUUGGCCACGACGCUGUACUCUCUUCUCGUUGCAUACAUCAUUGAGUGUGUCAACCAAAGGAUCUGUGCGGCAGAAGACGCCGUGGCCAACACUAUCUCCAUCGUCGACUUCCCCGGAUUCGCUGACCAUCCUUCCACUGGAUCUGCUCUGGAUCAGUUGUUGAACAAUGCCGCCAAUGAGUCGCUUUACAACACCUGUCUCCACAGCUUUUUCGAGAAAACAACAGAGAUGCUCGAGAGCGAAGAAGUCAGUGUCCCAGCAACGAGCUAUUUCGACAACUCGGACGCAGUUCGGGGUCUCCUGAAACAUGGUAAUGGUCUGCUCGCAAUCCUCGACGACCAAACGCGCCGCGGUCGUACGGGAAUCCAAUUCCUGGAAAGUCUUCGAAAACGAUUCGAGAACAAGAACAAGGCCAUCACGGUCAGCAGCUCCACGGCGACAAUGCCGGGCAGCAAUUUUGCCACUACGAAUCUUGCUGCAUCCUUUACAGUCCGUCACUAUGCGGGCGAAGUGGAUUAUCCUGUGCACAGCUUGGUCGAGGAGAAUGGCGAUGUUGUUUCGGGCGAUCUGAUGAAUAUGAUUAGAGCGACGAAGAGCGACUUCGUCGCCAGCCUGUUUGGUCAAGAAGCCUUGAACACGGUCAGCCACCCCGCCGAAAAAUCCGCCAUUGUCCAGGCCCAGGUCAGCUCGAAACCAUUGCGCAUGCCCAGCCUAUCUCGGAGGAAGCACGAGCAUUUGCGCCGGAUGGCAAGCCUAAGAGCGGACCGUUCCCCUGCUCCCCAAGAUGAAGAAUCCGUUCCUGCUCCAGAAGAAUCCCGCCUGAGACGGACGAAAGCCACCGCAACAGGGCUGACUCAAGGCGCUGCGGCACAAUUUUUGUCAUCUCUCGACAACAUCACCAAGUCAUUAACUGCGCCCAACGCCAACAGCUAUUUCGUUUUCUGUUUGAAGCCCAACGACAGGCGGAUUGCAAAUCAGUUCGACAGCAAGUGCGUUCGACAGCAAGUUCAGAUGUUUGGAAUAGCCGAAAUCAGCCAGAGACUCCGAACGGCAGAUUUCAGUAUUUUCCUUCCAUUCGUGGAGUUUCUAGGGCUGGCUGACAUGGACACUGGAAUUGUCGGAAGCGACGGCGAGAAAGCUCAACUCGUCCUGGACAACAAACACUGGCCUGCCAAUGAAGCCCGAAUUGGGACCACGGGUGUCUUUCUCAGUGAACGCUGCUGGGCAAGCAUUGCACUUACAGGCUCCCAGAGCAUGGCCUAUUUUGGCAGCGAAGGGCCCUCUCUUUCCAGACCGGAUACGCCGAACCAUAAUCCAUUCAGUGAUUCCAAAGCUCGACUCCUGCCUUUGGCCGAUGGCACACCUGGAUCCUUCUACGGCGAUGAAACGAAGGGCGGUGGCUAUUUCGGUAGUCGAGAGCUGGACGCUAAAUCCGACGCUGGGGCUUCCGCAUUCAACUCGGGUGACAUGUUCCGCAACCUCGAAACCAAGGAAGAACUUGCGGAAAAAGGCAACAAAAAGAAAAUGGAGGAAGUCGACGUCGUUCCCGUCUCUUCAAGCCGUAAGCGGUGGCUUGCUAUUGUCUAUUUCCUGACUUGGUAUCUGCCCGAUUUCGUCAUCAAAUGGGGCGGAGGCAUGAAGCGGAAAGAUGUGAGAACUGCUUGGAGAGAAAAAUUCGCCAUCAAUCUCCUCAUAUGGCUCAGCUGUGCCUUCUGGGUUUUUUUCCUCAUCGUUUUCCCCGAGCUCAUCUGUCCCAAGCAGGAUGUGUACUCGGCGUCGGAAUUGGCAUCCCAUGACGGCAAAGACGGUCACAGUUCAUACGUUGCCAUUCGGGGAGUGGUCUUCGAUUUGGGUGCCUUCAUGCCCAGUCAUUACCCGAACAUCAUCCCACAAAGUUCGCUCGAGAAGUAUGCGGGCAUUGACGCCACCGGACUGUUCCCCGUCCAGGUCUCAGCGCUGUGUCAAGGAAAAGACGGACGGGUGGACCCGACGGUUCAGCUGGACUAUACCACCACCAACAUUUCGGGAUCUGCCAGCGUGAUUAGCUCCACCGACCCAAAUCGGCGGUACCAUGAUUUCCGUUACUUCACCAAUGAUUCCCGACCAGAUUGGUUCUUCGAGCAAAUGAUCAUGCUGAAGGCCAAUUAUAAAAAGGGUAGCGUCGGCUACACCCCUCAAUACGUCCAUACCCUUUCUACCAAGUCACAGUCCAUUGCGAUUUUGAACGACAGAGUCUACGACUUCACAACAUACAAUCAGGGCGGACGAACUACCCGUGCUCCCCCAGGUGAAGAAGUGCCGUCCGGUGUGGACACGAAUUUCAUGGACGAGCUCGUUGUUGACUUGUUCACUCAGCGUUCUGGCGAGGAUGUCACCAAAUACUGGAAUGCCCUUCCUCUGGACUCUGGACUGAGAAGCCGAAUGCAGCUUUGCCUUGAUAACUUGUUCUUCGUGGGUGUUACCGACACCCGAAACUCGGUCCAAUGUCUGUUUGCUCGGUAUAUAUUGUUGGCUAUAGCCAUCCUGCUCUCUAGUGUUAUCGGCUUCAAGUUCUUUGCGGCACUCCAAUUUGGAGGGAAAAACGUCCCCGAGAAUUUGGACAAAUUCAUCAUCUGCCAGGUGCCCGCCUAUACGGAAGACGAGGAGUCCCUUCGCCGUGCGAUAGACUCCGCGGCACGGAUGCGAUAUGACGACAAGCGCAAAUUGCUCAUUGUGGUCUGCGACGGCAUGAUUAUUGGGCAAGGCAACGACCGACCCACACCGCGCAUCGUGCUCGACAUUCUGGGCGUUUCCGAGACGGUGGAUCCUGAACCGCUCAGUUUUGAGUCCCUCGGUGAAGGUAUGAAGCAGCACAACAUGGGCAAGGUGUAUUCCGGCCUCUAUGAGGUGCAGGGACACAUCGUGCCUUUCUUGGUCGUGGUCAAAGUUGGCAAGCCGUCCGAAGUAUCCAAACCCGGAAACCGAGGUAAACGUGAUUCUCAGAUGGUUAUCAUGCGAUUCCUGAACCGAGUUCACUACAACAUGCCUAUGAGCCCCUUGGAGCUUGAGAUGCAUCACCAAAUCCGAAACAUCAUCGGUGUCAAUCCGACGUUCUACGAGUUUAUGCUCCAGAUUGAUGCCGAUACCGUCGUGGCCCCCGACUCGGCCACUCGCAUGGUUUCAGCCUUUCUACGCGACACCCGACUGAUUGGAGUGUGUGGAGAGACAUCGCUCACUAACGCCAAAUCAUCCUUCAUCACCAUGAUGCAGGUGUAUGAGUACUACAUCUCGCACAACCUCACCAAGGCCUUCGAGUCUCUGUUUGGCUCGGUCACUUGUUUGCCAGGUUGUUUCACCAUGUAUCGAAUUCGAGCCGCGGAAACCGGCAAACCCCUUUUCGUGAGCAAGGAGAUCAUUCAAGACUAUUCCGAGAUUCGGGUCGACACGCUCCACAUGAAGAACCUCCUCCACCUGGGUGAAGACAGGUAUUUGACCACGCUGCUCUUGAAGUAUCACUCCAAGUACAAGACGAAAUACAUCUUCCAUGCUCACGCUUGGACAAUUGCCCCCGACAGCUGGAAGGUCUUUAUGUCUCAGCGCCGUCGGUGGAUUAACAGUACCGUACACAAUCUGAUCGAGCUGAUGCCGUUGCAACAACUUUGCGGCUUCUGCUGCUUCAGCAUGCGGUUUGUUGUGUUCUUGGAUCUGUUUUCAACGGUCAUCGCUCCGGUGACCGUGUUCUAUAUUGGAUACUUGAUCUUUCUUCUGGCUACUUCCUCUGACGUGGUGCCGUUGACUGCUUUUAUUCUCCUGGGAGCGAUUUAUGGUCUCCAAGCUAUUAUCUUCAUUCUUCGUCGCAAGUGGGAGAUGAUCGGGUGGAUGCUGGUGUAUAUUCUGGCCAUGCCUAUUUUCUCCUUCGGACUGCCAUUGUACGCCUUCUGGCACAUGGACGAUUUCAGCUGGGGAAAUACACGUCUGGUGACGGGUGAAAAGGGCAAGCAGGUUCUGAUUUCGGAUGAGGGGAAAUUCGAUCCCGAUUCCAUUCCCAAGAAAAAAUGGGAAGAAUACCAAGCCGAACUCUGGGAUGCGCAAACGCAGCGAGACGACACCCGGUCCGAGGUAUCGGGAUACAGCUAUGGCACCAAAUCUUACCAUCCCGCUGCAUCUGUCUACGGUGGUGGGUACGACACACAACAUCUUAUGCCCAUGUCUAGAUCGGUAUCUCAGCUCGACAUGCAUACCCCCAUGAACGGCGGUGGAUACAACCCAUCGAGAAUGUCACUGGCACCCUCUGAAAUGCUGGGGGGUGGCAUGAUACCGAGCGGACAGUCUGUGGCUGACAUGGAGAUGUCGGAUCUGACUGGUCUGCCGACGGACGAUAUGAUCCUGAACGAAAUUCGAGAUAUAUUGAGGACGGCUGAUCUGAUGACAGUCACGAAGAAAGGGAUCAAGCAAGAACUAGAGCGGAGAUUCAAUGUCAACCUGGACAUGAAGCGGGCAUAUAUUGGAAGUGCCACUGAAGCCGUCCUUUCUGGUCAAUUGUGA